GCUACCUCGGAUACUGUUUCUGCGUGCAAACUAACGGUGUGUGUGUGUGUGUGUGUGUGUGUGUGUGUGUGUGUUCGUGUUAGCACAUAUGGCCAUCACACGAGCUUGAGUCGGUGUUUGUACAGUUUCUUUGUUUGGCCCACGGUGCAGCCAUGCACGAUUAAUACGAUUCAGUGAGGAACAGGACCAGCGGGAUCAUCUCCCCUCUCCUCUCUUCUCUCUUCUUCUCUCUUCUCUUCUCGUCUCAUCUUAUCUCUUCUCCACUUCUUUUUCUGAGAAGGCAGAAGAAUGAUCGCAUCCUUAUCUAAAGGGAAUGUCCUCGAUGUGCUGCAGGAGGGAUCUAAUGAGCAACAACUGGUGGCAUAUGUAUCGUGGGUAAAUGCGCAGCUGAGGAAGAAGCCUGGUCUGAAGCCCGUGAGCGAUCUGAGGCAGGAUCUCCGAGACGGAGUUGUUCUCACACACCUCAUUGAGAUAGUGGCUGGCGUGCUCCUCGAGGGUAUUCACUAUUCACCAAAGGACAAUCAAGAGAAGAGAGAAAAUGUGGAAAAGGUUCUGCAGUUCGUGUCCUCUAAGCGGAUCCGCAUGCCGCAGACUUCUGCCAGAGACAUUGUGGAGGGGAACCUCAAAUCUGCCAUGAGGCUCAUCCUGGCUCUAGCAGCACAUUUUAAGCCAUCUGCCUCAGCCAAUUACAGAGCAGGAGCCGCUUCGGGUAGAAACUUGACCGGCUCCUCAGCCAAUCACAGACCUCAUUCCACUAUGGCCAUGGCCCAGAAUGCAGCGGCGGCUCUAGCCGCUGCCCGAAACGAUGCAUCUCGCUCAGGACGCACCGUCCUUCAGCUCAGACAGGACUGGCAGAGGCAAAACUCCAGUGCUGAUGAGGAGAUCGAGAACCCAUGCUGGAGCGUGCGGGCAUUGGUACAGCAGUAUGAGGGACAGGGAGUAGAAGUAGAUGACACAGAGACAGGAGACCCGAGCUUGAGCACCUCAAGUCCAAACCAUGUACCCAAAGACCCCACCAGUCUCUCAGAGGACAAGGGACAGCUUUUAAGUGUCCACUUAGAACACACCAAAGACAAUAUUACAAGUGGCCCAGGAACUGUCCAGGAGCCUAAUGGGAGGUGUGUGAAUAAUUGUGCCUGGGAAGAGCAACUGUGGGAGCAACAAGAGCAGUUAGAAAGAGAGAUGGUGGAGGCCAGGAGAAUGGUGUCCAGCCUACAGGCUUUGCUUCUCCAUGGCUUGUUGCCUGAUGAUGAGCAGGAGGUUUCACUGGGAGAGGGAGUGGAAAAUGCUGAGCAACAACUGGUUAUAAUCCGGAGUCGUCUUGACCUGAGCAUGGAGGAGAAUCUGGAGUUAAAGAGGGAGCUGUUGAAGUACAAGCAAGAGGCUCGUAACCUACAAGGAGUCAAAGAUGCUCUCCAGCAGCGCAUGACUGCACAGGAGUCGUCUGUGUUACAGCUCAAACAGGAGCUCUUGCGAACCAGCAUGGACCGCGAUGAACUGGAAGGACAAAAUGCAGAGUUUCAUAAGAAGCUAGAAGAAAGAAACAGGAUUCUCAGUGAAUAUAAGAAAGAGUUAAGUCAGAAGGAUCGCCUGCUUCAGCAACAGCAGUUUAAACUGGAUGAAGCUUUACGCAAGCUGACAGGUAGCAACAUCCAGAAGGCUGACCUGCAGAGGGAGCUGGAGCACAAGCAGAGCAUUCUUCAGGAGCUGACUGAUCGUGCCGAAGAUGAGCUACCUGGAUCUCCAAGCAAUGGCUACACACAUCCAGCAGUUCCAGAUCUCAGCACAUCACGAGCACACAAAGGAAUGGAGGAGCUGCAGUUGGUACGGGAUGCUUUGCGCAGUUUAAGGAACAGCUUUGGAGGCCACGACCCUCAGCAUCACACACUGGACACACUGGAGCAGGGCAUGGCCAGCCUCAUUGACCGCCUUUACACACUGGAGUCACAAACCAGACAGGAGAGGAAGGCAGGGCCGAGGUCUCCAGGACACAAGGCCACUCAUACAGACAGGGACUCCUGGCCUUCCAGCACUAAAAUGGUCCACUCGCAAAGCAGCCCAAUGCUUAACUCCUCAUCUUCCACCAAAGUCCUGUAUUUUACAGACCGCUCGCUCACACCCUUCAUGAUCAACAUCCCUAAGAGGUUGGGAGAAAUUACCCUUCGAGAUUUUAAAUUGGCUAUAGACCGAGAGGGCAAUUACAGAUACCAUUUUAAAGCUCUGGACCCAGAGUUCGGCACUGUGAAAGAGGAGGUGUUCCAGGAUGAGGCGGUGGUGCCUGGCUGGGAGGGUAAGAUCGUGGCAUGGGUUGAGGAGGAUCAUGGUGAUGGAAGGAUUUAACAGGAAGCCUAAGAAAAGCCCUGCUGGGAUCAGAUGUGAUGGGAAGGAUGAUCUGUGCCAAUCUGUCAGAAUGAAUGUGCUUGUGCCGGAUGUACAGAUGCUCGGCUCUCUCGCGGAAUUCCAAAACCCCUCCUGUUCUGUGUCCCUCUGUCUUUCCAUGCGAGAUUGAAACCAGGACAACAACAACCGGGACACCUGGGGGGUUAAUUAGAUGUCCAGAACGUGCUCCUGACCAUUUUGUUUUUCAGAACAGCUGUUUACAGAGAAACAGGCUCCUCGCCAAUGACUAAUCCGAGGAUAUGUUCCGUGAUGAGUCGCCGUACUGCAAACAUCUGUAGUGUCAAAUUAGUGUUUCACUGUGACCGUAAGAACUUCCGUUCAGACUUUUUUUUUUAAGAGUUUAGUGUCUUAAAUUCUAUAUUUUAUAGAUGCACAGUCAGAGAUUUGAUACUUUGUUUUGCAGAGGAAAAAGUUUAUGAGCAGGUGCGAGUGUGUUAUUAUGGCUUGAGUAAGUGAAUACAGGGGCGCGUGAUACGUUUCGAUUUUUAGACGGCUGUGUGUAAUUUUUCCGCCUUAAAUUAAUUGACUAUUUUUAAACACAAACCCAUUUCACAUAAUACAGCUAUGGUUAUUGUUCACUAUUGACACUGUAGUCACGUGACAAAGACACCAGCUGCCUACAGCAUAACGCUGUGAAAUUAUUUUUCAUACACCUGUAGUUUGAUGCCAGCAAAACUGACUGAUAGCAUGAUAAUAGAGGUGUGUAAAGUUAUACAGUGCCUUCAGUGAAGGCCAGACCCACACCAGCAAUUUAGCUAAUUUUCAUCCUCUUUAUCGGUUACAUUUUUCUGGACCAAUGUAUGUUCAAAUUAAGGCUAACCAAGAUUCUAAUUACAGAGGAAUAACUUAUAUUGUUUAUAUAUAUAUAUAUAUAUAUAUAUAUAUAUAUAUAUAUAUAUAUAUAUAUAUAUAUAUACACACACACACACACACACACACACACAGCCCCAAAGUUCGCUGGACCAAAGUGAGGUUAGAAUAAUACACAUUCUAGUGUAAUUCUGUAUACAUAAGGUGUAGUCUGAGUGUUUCUCAAUACCAAGCGUAUGUAAAAUGUCCGUAGGAUUUGACUUUUAAGAAUGUAUUUGCAAGGACACAAGAAGAAAAAUCAGAGAUGAGUGAUAUGUGAGAAUAAUACACUUGGGGAUUAACUGUUGAUUAUCUUAGUGGGGUUUUAUUCCUGUUAUACUGCAGCAAUUUUCAGCAAAUUAUUACUAUUUUUUUAUUUAUUAAGGACAGGCGUACUUUUGUCCAUUUACAGUUACAUUUAAUGUUGUUUGAACAUCAGAGAGUUAUCAAGCUUACACUUACAGUACGUAAGCUAUAACUAACGGUAUAUCCGCUCCUCACUUUUUUUUAAUAUGUUAAUCUAAGUCAAUGUAAAACAGUUUUAACUCUGACUGUUACUAAACACUGACAUUAAAGACUCCUUCCAUACAUUUUAAAUUUUCCCAGAAAGAUUCAACAUUAUACACUUUUGCUUUGUCAGAUAAAAGGCAUGUUUUGAAUCGAUAUUGGGUACUAGGCUUAUAUUUUAUGCAAUAGCUUGUGAACGAGCUGGAAACCAACAUGCAGCCGAAGGAGCGCAUUAAUAGAAACAUGUUGUGACAUCAUAUUUUUUUUUUUUUAGCAUUUUGACGGCACCAUCAUAUUACACAACUCUAACAGAGAAUACGAAGUGAUCCAUAGUUAGCUUAGCUGCAUCUACAGUAAUUAGCUAGAUCUAUCACAGGAAUUUGUUCUUAGGCUGUUAAUUGGACACACAGGCAGAAGAGAAAAUCAGAAAAACUUUCUAAGCAGUACGUUUAUUGACAGCAAUUAUUCUAUUACUAUGUGUCACAUCUUUUGCCUCACAUUUUUUAAUCGGUUAUUACUACCUAGUUAAAAGAGUUGAAUCGUGAUGCCUCCUGUGUGCGUUGAAUUGGUCUUCGAGUUAUACUGGUAUACUUAAACAUAGGCAGUUAAAAGAGGACAGCAACAAGUGUACAGGAAUGACAUAGCAAAAUAAAGCACACAUUAAGAUACACCUAUCUGAAGAUUGCCUUGAGACUAACAAUGAAUGGCACAAAUAAAGUGGAACAGCUUAUUAUGUAUAACCCUCAUCUGUGUUUUUUGCAGUUGCAUCAUCUUGUGAGUGAUAGUGCAGAGCCGCAAUUACACUGCACUGCUUUAGAAACUAGGGCAGAGUUUACAGAGAAAGAACCCGGUCGUGCCUGGAGUAAAUGAUACCUGAAGCGUUAAAAGCGCCAGUUAUAUAAGAUUUGUAUUUGCUUUUACAUUUUAAAUGUGUAUGUAAAUAUAUAUGUUUAUAUUGCAGAAAGAGAGGCUUGAUAAGAUUUUAUAUGAUCAGUAUUUUAUGAAUGAUGAAUGUUUAAAAGAAAUGUUUGCGCUCGUGAAGAGGCUUUAACAUUUUUUGCUGCAAGUUGUUUUUUUUUUUAGAUAUGAUUGAAGGUACUGUUUAGUGUCGCAGUGGAAACCUUAGUCACGGCCUACUAGCGAUUGUUACUUGCAGUUGGAUUUUGGAUUGCAAAUAAACAAAGUGAAUAUCAACGUUCA